GUUUAUUGUCGAAAGUAUGGGGAUAGGCGCAGGCAGCCGACAGCACGGGUUCUAACUCUAGUUAACCCCUUGCAAUUCAAAUCAAAUUUCAUAGGAUAUUUUGUCCACCCCCAAAGAAUUGGUUGGUUGGGAGGAACUGGAAUUUUAGAAAUUACAAAUCGGUUAACUUAGAAACCCGAUCCGAUCAUUCUGGUUCUAAUCCACACUCCAAACCCAAAAAUCUAAACCAAAGAUGCCGAAGAAGAAGCCCGUGAAUCUUCCCGGCGAUGGCACCGCCGCUCUGUUACCCGUACCUCCGAUGGACAAUUGGUGGUGGCUAUCACACAAAGGAACCACCACUUCAUUCCUCUGCAUCUCCCUCUUCGCAUUACUGAUCCGGUCCGCCGUCUCGAUGUUCCCCUACUCCGGCGCCGGAACUCCUCCAAAAUUCGGCGACUUCGAAGCUCAGAGACACUGGAUGGAGAUAACCACAAACCUCCCAGCCAUCGAUUGGUACAGAAACGGCACUCACAACGACCUCACUUACUGGGGACUCGAUUACCCUCCGUUAACUGCUUACCAGAGUUACAUCCAUGGAAUCCUCCUCCGAGUGUUCAAUCCCGAGUCUGUGUCUCUUUUCAGCUCCCGUGGGCACGAAUCUUAUCAUGGAAAGUUAUUGAUGAGAUGGACGGUUUUAUCGUCUGAUGCUCUCAUAUUCUUCCCAGCUGCUCUCUUUUUCGUGUUGGUGUACCAUAGGAAUCGUGCCAAGAGUGGAGUGGCCUGGCAUAUUGCUAUGAUUCUAUUGAACCCUUGUUUGAUUCUAAUUGAUCAUGGUCAUUUUCAGUACAAUUGUAUCAGUUUGGGACUUACAGUGGGUGCCAUUGCUGCGGUUCUCUGUGGAAGCGAGGUUCUUACUUGUGUUUUCUUCAGUCUUGCUCUUAGCCAUAAACAGAUGAGUGCAUACUUUGCUCCUGCCUUUUUCAGCCAUCUACUUGGUAAAUGCCUAAGACGGAAAAAUCCUAUACUUUCUGUGCUGAAGCUUGGAAUUGCAGUCAUUGUGACAUUCGUGAUUGUUUGGUGGCCAUAUUUGCAUUCUGUGGACGACUUCUUAAUGGUUCUCUCCCGUCUUGCACCAUUUGAGAGGGGAAUAUACGAGGAUUACGUAGCAAAUUUCUGGUGCACCACUUCUAUUCUCAUAAAAUGGAAAAAACUAUUCACAACACCAUCUCUCAAGUCUAUAAGCUUAGCUGCAACAGUAUUAGCUUCUCUCCCUUCAAUGGUUCAGCAAAUCUUGUCACCAAGCGACGAAGGUUUCCUAUAUUGCUUGCUCAAUAGUUCAAUGGCUUUUUACAUGUUUUCCUUCCAAGUGCAUGAGAAAUCAAUCCUGAUGCCUUUUCUUGCCGCAACACUGUUAGCUCUCAAAAUCCCUGACCAUUUCAAUCAUCUAACCUAUUACGCUCUCUUCUCGAUGUUCCCGCUUCUUUGCCGUGACAAACUCUUGCUGCCUUACUUAUCAUUACAUUUGCUCUUUACCCUCAUCUAUCAUUCGCCUGGGACUCAAAUUACGUUACCGAAAACCAAAGCUUCAUCGUUCUCCUUUACAAGCUUCCCUGGUUAUAGGUUCCUACUUAGAACACACUUCUUCAUCUCCUUAUUUCUCCAUGUCGUUUACCUGACCAUUCAACCUCCUCAAAAGUACCCUUUCCUAUUCGAAGCACUGAUCAUGAUUCUCUGUUUCUCAUACUUUGUUAUGUUUGCCAUUUUCACAAACUAUACCCAGUGGACUUUCUCGAGUCAUUUCAGGUCUGCGGAUAAAGAAAAGAAACGAAUCUGAAGAUUAGAAGACACAAUUCUUGAGCGAGGUUGUCUAACUCUGUUCCAUUUUUAUUGUCCUUUUGCUAAAUUGGAACUGAUUUUACGGUCUGCUUGCUGAACCAAGCAGAAUCGAGCUAUACAUAACCGGUGGUUUAGUCAUCAGACUUUUGUACGGUAGAUUAUCUUGAGGUAAAAGAUUGAGCCUUUUAUGAAAAGAAAGAAAUUUGUUUUUAAUAAGUUUUAUGGUUUUUUUUCUAGCAAACAGAUUAAUAUGUCCAUCUUGUCUCCUAUGACGGCCAGGAUCGAACUUAAUAUAUAAUCAAUCAA